CUUCCCGGGCUCAUUAGCAGUCUCCGUGUGCGGCUCGGCGCGGGCUCACAAAGAGCUGCGGCGGCGGCCCGGCGCUCGGCCUCGCGGACGGAGCCGGCGGCGGCGGGGCGGGGGCGGCCGUGCACCCGCGCGGCCCCGCGCCCGGGCCAGUCUCCGGAAGCUUGAAGCUUUGCUGAAUCCCGGGUGGGCACGCCAGCCUCUGAGGCCAGGACUGUCCUGCGGAUGGCUGAGAGUCCUCUGGGGCCUGGCGACUCUGAAAAGAUUUCGUCACCAGCAGGUUUUGGGGGACAUUACGAAACCACUUGUUUUCGUGGCUGCCUGCAGGUGACCAUGGCUGUGUGAGUGUCCGCCAUGGCCAACCGGAAGCGUCAGAGCACAGCGAGCAGCAUGCUGGACCACAGGGCGAGGCCGGGCCCCAUCCCCCAUGGCCAGGAGCCAGAGAGCGAGGACGCAGAGCUGCCCCUGGAGGAGUACGUGCCCAAGGGCCUGGAGCUGGCCACCCUGCGGCCUGAGAGCCCCACGCCCCCGGACCAGGGGUGCCACGACCACAGCCCCGAUGGGGACUCCAGCUCUGACUACGUGAACAACACCUCCGAGGAGGAGGAUUAUGAUGAGGGCCUCCCCGAGGAGGAGGAGGGCAUCACCUACUACAUCCGCUACUGCCCUGAGGACGACAGCUACCUGGAGGGCAUGGACUGCAAUGGGGAGGGGUACCUGGCCCACGGCACACGCCACCUGGAGACGGAUGAGUGCCAGGAGGCAGUGGAGGAGUGGACAGACUCGGCAGGCCCCCACCCGCAUGGCCACGGGGACGAAGGCAGCCCAGACUACCGGGACAGCCACCUCCCCAUCCCGGAGGACGAGGCCUCCGUCCUGGAGGCCCAGGACCAGGAAGAAGGUGUCCACUAUUGUCCCAGUGAAGAGGGCUAUGAGGACUACUACCCCACAGAGGCCAACGGGAAUGCGGGCAGCGCCUCCCCUUAUCGCCCGAGGCGUGGGGACGGGGACCUGGAGGACCAGGAGGAGGACAUCGACCAGAUCGUGGCUGAGAUCAAGAUGAGCCUGAGCAUGACCAGCAUCACCAGUGCCGGGGAGGCCAGCCCUGAGCAUGCACUGGUGCGGGGGCCUGAGCCGGGGCCUGGGGACUCCACAGAGGCUAGUCCGCCCAGCGAGGCCAGCCACGGCCCUAGCAGACACGAGGGAAGGCCCAAGUCACUGAACCUCCCUCCGGAGGCCAAGCACUCCGGAGACCCCCAGAGAGGCUUCAAGACCAAGUCCAGGACUCCAGAGGAGAGGCCGAAGUGGCCCCAAGAGCAGGUUUGCAAUGGCUUGGAGCAGCCAAGGAAGCAGCAGCGCUCUGAUCUCAAUGGACCUGUGGACAAUAACAACAUCCCAGAGACAAAGAAGGUGGCAUCAUUUCCAAGUUUUGUGGCUGUUCCAGGGCCCUGUGAACCAGAAGACCUCAUUGAUGGAAUCAUCUUUGCUGCCAACUACCUGGGGUCCACGCAGCUGCUCUCAGAACGUAACCCUUCCAAGAACAUCAGAAUGAUGCAGGCUCAGGAGGCCGUCAGCCGGGUCAAGAGGAUGCAAAAGGCUGCUAAAAUCAAGAAAAAAGCGAAUUCCGAGGGGGAUGCCCAGACCCUGACCGAGGUGGAUCUCUUCAUCUCCACCCAGAGGAUCAAGGUGUUAAAUGCGGACACACAGGAGACCAUGAUGGACCACGCCUUGCGCACCAUCUCCUACAUCGCAGACAUUGGGAACAUCGUGGUGCUGAUGGCCAGGCGCCGCAUGCCCCGGUCGGCCUCGCAGGACUGCAUCGAGACCACCCCUGGGGCCCAGGAGGGGAAGAAGCAGUACAAGAUGAUCUGCCACGUGUUCGAGUCUGAGGAUGCCCAGCUGAUCGCACAGUCCAUUGGCCAGGCCUUCAGCGUGGCCUACCAGGAAUUCCUGCGGGCCAAUGGCAUCAACCCCGAAGACCUGAGCCAGAAGGAGUACAGUGACAUCAUCAAUACCCAAGAGAUGUACAACGACGACCUCAUCCACUUCUCCAACUCUGAGAACUGCAAGGAGCUGCAGCUGGAGAAGCACAAGGGCGAGAUCCUGGGCGUGGUGGUGGUGGAGUCGGGCUGGGGCUCCAUCCUGCCCACGGUGAUCCUGGCGAACAUGAUGAACGGCGGCCCGGCAGCCCGCUCAGGGAAGCUGAGCAUUGGGGACCAGAUCAUGUCCAUCAACGGCACCAGCCUGGUGGGGCUGCCCCUUGCCACCUGUCAGGGCAUCAUCAAGGGUCUGAAGAACCAGACGCAGGUGAAGCUGAACAUCGUCAGCUGUCCGCCGGUCACCACGGUCCUCAUCAAGCGGCCUGACCUCAAGUACCAGCUGGGCUUCAGCGUGCAGAACGGGAUUAUCUGCAGCCUCAUGCGAGGGGGAAUUGCAGAGCGAGGAGGCGUCCGAGUUGGCCACCGCAUCAUCGAGAUCAACGGGCAGAGUGUGGUGGCCACGGCCCAUGAGAAGAUUGUCCAGGCUCUCUCUAACUCGGUGGGAGAGAUCCACAUGAAGACCAUGCCGGCCGCCAUGUUCAGGCUCCUCACGGGCCAGGAGACCCCGCUGUACAUCUAGGCCCACCCAGCCUGCACCGCCCAGCCCGCCUGGGUUCAGAGGAGCCGGAAAGGCUGGACCCGGGACCUGACCCCUGACCCCCACAGCCCAUCCAAGGACACUGGCUCCUCUGAAGGGCCUGCCCUCACCACCCACUUUUUUUUUUUUUUUUUUUUUGGACAAAAAGGGGUAGGUCUUCAUCAAAGGAGAGUCACAGGAAGCAAUCUCUGUACAAGAGUCACGUGUUUUGCCCAUUCUGACCCGUUUUCUCGUUGCGACCAGCGGACAAGGGUGUUUCUUUGUAGCUGUGUGUGGUGUGGAGUAUGUCUUCCCUCCCUGAAGCCAUGGAGAGCGGACGUGAAGGGAGCCCCGCGAGGACAGCAAGCUCUGGGGAGCAGCGGUCGUCCCCUCCUGCCCCCCUCCUCCGGGGGGCCCUGGGGUGCUUCGGGGGAGGGCGCCCUGCUGCAGCCCGGCUCCCGGGGUGUGACUUGUAAGUGAGGUCCGGGAACAUGUGAUUGUAUUGAACCAGAGGGGAGACGUUCCUGAGUUCAAUAAAUGAUGAUGGCUACAACAUCGAAACUCCAUAUUUAUUUAGACAAUGUCACGGUGUUGACUUUUACUUUGAGAAGCCGAUCUUUGGAACUGAGGGUUCUCAGAUGACCUGCCAUCGCAGCCGCUGCUCCUGUCCUCCCCUGAGGCUCCGUGGACUUGA